UUCCUGCCAAAGGUGGGAGAUCUCUAGGUCUCAGAUUCUCUGCCCAUCAAGUGGGGUACACCUGGGAAUGGGGAGUUGGUAUAGUCUCCAUGGAGACUUCUACCCCAGGAAGUAGUGAAAGAGCAGCUUGGAAGGGACAGGAAUCCCUGAAGGUGACUGAAGGGGUCUUUACCCCCGGGGGGCAAAGUGGUGGAGUCAUUUCUAGCUCUUGGUAUCAAAAACUCCUCCUCCUCCAAAGACACUUUCCUUGUGGAGCUCCAGUUCUGGGACUUUGCCCCAGUGUGCCCACCCCAAGACCAGCCUUUUCCCUGGGGGGCCUGACAGUUUCAGACUUUGGAGGGAGGAGGAAGUAAGAAGAAAGCCAGGCUAGAGUGACUCCAGAAUUGGACCUGGGGGAGGGAGGAGCAUUUGCUUACCUGUGAGUGCUAGCCUCUCCCCUUGUUUGCUCUGAGAUAGCCAGGCUAGCUCCUGCCCAGCACAAAGAGGCUGCCCUUUGGGCACUCCCUUCCCUUCCUCAGGCCCAGGCACCCACGGAGACCAACACACCGAGCUAGCCAGCCAUGGCCUGGCUCCCUGGGCCUUUCCUCUUUGGGACCCUGCUGCGUUUCCUGAGCCUGAGUGGGCUGGCCGUGGAAGUGAAGGUGCCCACAGAGCCGCUGAGUGUGCCGGUAGGCAAGACUGCCGAGCUGGUCUGCAGCUAUAGCACAUCCGUGGGGGACAACUUCGCCCUGGAGUGGAGCUUUGUGCAGCCUGGGAAGCCCAUCUCUGCAUCGCAUCCUAUCCUGUACUUCACCAGUGGCCACCUGUAUCCUACUGGUUCCCAGGCAGAGCGGGCCAACCUGCUCCAGAAUCCCCCCACAGGAGGGGUGGCCACCCUGAAACUGAUGGAUGUCCGCCCCUCAGAUACCGGAACCUAUCUCUGUCAGGUUAACAACCCUCCGGAUUUCUACACCAAUGGUCUGGGACUAAUCAACCUUACUGUGCUGGUGCCCCCCAGUAGCCCCUCGUGCAGUCAGAGUGGGACAACUUUUGUAGGAGGCUCUGUGACACUGAGAUGCAGCUCUUCCCAGGGAGCUCCCAAGCCAGUGUACAGCUGGGUCCGCCUUGGAUCUUUUCCUACACCUUCUCCUGGCAGCAUGGUUCAAGAUGAAGUGUCUGGCCAGCUCAUUCUUACCAAUCUCUCCUCGACUUCCUCGGGCACCUACAGAUGUGUGGCCACCAACCAGAUGGGCACUGCAUCCUGUGAGCUGACCAUCUCCGUGACCGGUCCCUCUGAAGGCCGAGUGGCUGGGGCACUGAUUGGGGUGCUUCUGGGUGUGUUGCUGCUGUCAGUCGCUGUGUUCUGCCUGAUCAGGUUCCAGAAAGAGAGGAAGAAGACACCCAAGGAGACAUAUAGGGGUAGUGACCUUCGGUGA